GUGACACACUCGUCUUUUAUCGCCAAUAACGCCCAUAACCAGUGACAGGAUACACUAAGCCCUUAAUCUAUUGAAUUUGUAUCAAAUCUUACUACAAAUUCUCUUCUUUGAUAUAUUACCUUCUUUUCUCUCGAAAAUAAGAGAAAAUGGCCUUCGAAAGACGAGCAUCAUCCCCCACCGUCUUCGAACAACAACGCGAAGGACUCGUUCGGGAAAUCGCUGUAGGCAUGGAGCAAGUCCUCCAAAACAUCAACCGGCUGAACCGGAACUUGGAGAGUGUGAUUGCCGUUGGGAACGAGUUCGGUUCCGUUGAGGCUCUUUGGUCUCAAUUUGAGAACUUCAUGGGCCGUCCGGGUGUCCAAGAAGCAGAAGCGAACGCACCGGACCAGGGUCAAGAAGAGGCCGGGCAGAGUCACACUCCCGGUCAUAGCCCGAGUCACAGCCAAGAUAUGAGUUAUGAAGAGGAGGAUACGGUUACGAAGUAAUGAACAGUGCGAAAGGCU